GAACCCGUCUGCACAAAUUUAAUCUCCGAGGACGCUGUCACUCCCUGGAGACAGAAUAAGUGCAUUUGAUUGGGCCUAAACUAUGAAACCGCGGCACAAAGACGUACAAACCGGGAGAAUGUCGACUAUAUCAGCCACACAUUAAAUCAUGGCCCUUCAGUCUUGUAGAUGGAACUGAUGGAGAUGCAAAGAGACAGACAAAGGUUUGGUGAAGUCUGCCUUAAUCAAAUGGGGCAACAUGCAAGAAGAGCAGCUGUAAGCAAAACGGAUAAAAUCCCGGUGCCAAGAAGCAGCAGUCCGGUCAAUGUGUACGUUGAACUCCCCUGCAUUGUUGAUCAAGCUUUUUCAACGAUUGCAUGGGAUGAUUUGGAGGACUGCGCAAUAGAGGUGAGACAGGAGAAAGACUCGUUUGGUCCUCAGGUCAAUGAAUCUCAUCCAGACAACCACUUCUUUGGAGAUUAUACACUGGAUUAUUUGACAGAUUCUACUGCCACACUGGAGAGCAGUCUGUCUCCAGUUGACCUGGUACCAUUUCAGGGAUGUGUCAUACCACCCCUCACCCCUCAGAGGGACUUCUCUCCACAGGAUAGUCUGGUUCAUUCAUCCACAGAAACAAGCCACCUGCAUGCCCAGGAUGGAGCUUCUUGGAGGUGCAAGGCAGAGUGGCAUGGGAGGACACUGGGACAUUCAACAGUUUUCAACAAACAGCUCCAAGAGACUUAUCACAGACAACAGGAAGAGCUUGACUCCCUGGAAGAGAGGAACCUUCAUCUCAGGCAGCUGGCCAGCAGAGCAAAGCACCUGGCCUCGGUGCUCGAAAAACUGAUGACAGUCAGAAAUCCACAUGCAGGAGAACCAGGGACGCCCUGUGGUGAUAGCCCCUCACUAGGUCCCUGUAAGCGGCAGCGACUGGAUGAAGGCUAUGAAACAGAAUCUUCUGACUCAGUGGAGGACAUGCUGAGGGACAUCAGCACACGCUGCAAUGCUGUCCUGCUCAACAGCACCACAGGACCAAAACAACAACAAGAAUCAGAGACAAUACGCAUGUAUGGUGCUUUCUCAGGUCUUCAGAUGUCUACGCUCAGUGACAGGAGUGUGUCUGUUGAUGGAACAGAGACUGGAGACAGUGUGUUGUCUUUCAAAACUUCUAUCAGAGAACACAGCACCAUAAGGACUCAGGCCUUUCCUCAUGGACAUGCUUUUACCUCAAGGACACAGCAAGGUGGAUACCGCUUUCGCUGGGUUCCCAACUAUAACUGAAAUCAUAGAUUACUGCCCUGG